GCUAUACACGGGCAAGUUGUUGGUCCUCAGUAGUCAGAUAGUGGCUUCAAAACCCGAGGCUCGUCGCCAGUUCUGUACCCCAGCCCUCACUCCUCUUUCUUCUUUUUUUUUUUUUUUGGCCAACCACUUCCUGUCUGCACUCCUCGCCCCCUAAAGAAAAGUACCCCGUUAAAACAAAUCAUGCCUACAUUCCGCAGCGAGGAUAUCCCUGACCUUCAUGGCCAGGUCAUUGUUGUGACCGGAGGCAACGUGGGUCUGGGGUAUGAGACAAUCCGUCAGCUCAGCGAGCAUAACCCAGCCCGUAUCUACCUGGCCACUCGAUCCCGCGACAAGGCCGAACGAGCCAUUACAGAUCUCCAGCAGGCCAAUCCAAAGUUCACCAGUAUCCGGUUUCUGGAACUGGACCUUGCAUCUUUCGAGAGCGUCAAAGCCGCUGCGGCCGAAUUCCUGAGUCAAGAGUCCCGCUUAGACAUUCUAGUCAACAAUGCCGGCAUCAUGAUGACACCCGAAGGUCUCACUCAGGAUGGAUACGAGAUCCAAUUUGGAACAAAUGUUCUGGGUCCCGCUCUAUUUACUCAGCUUCUCAUGCCUAGUCUGCGCAAGACGGCCAAGAUGAACCCUCAGACACGCAUGGUCAUGCUCUCUUCUGCCGCCCAUGCCCGGGCCCCGAGUGAUAUCUACAACUUUGAUGAGCUUCGAACGACAGCCGCUAAUCGACAUACGACCGAGCGAUACACGAUGUCCAAACUUGCCAAUCUUCACUAUGCUAGAGCGCUGGCUGAGAGAGAAGCAAAUGUCAAGAUCAUUCCGGUUCACCCUGGAAUGGUAGCCACGAACCUCCACCAUGGUUCAACAGGAACUUUCCUCAAGCCGUUCCUGAACAUCGCGGUCUGCUUGGCUGCUACACCCGUAGAGAAAGGCGCAUUGUCCCAGAUCUUCGCUGCAGUGAGCCCAGAGGCGAAGAACGGACAGUAUUAUGGGCCGAUUGGGAAGGAAGAGCCCGGCUCGACACUCAGUCGGAAUCAUGGUCUUCAGGAAGAAUUGUUUCACUGGAUCCAAGGCGAGCUGGCAGGACAUACCGAGACGAUCCUGUAAAGGGUGAUGCUUCGCGUUCUAUUGUUGCUAUCGCUUGUUCAGUCCAUGUUGGUAAUCUCUUAUUCAUGAACGUUUGCUUCUCGCUUGCUCUUUUUGUAUUAUUAUUGGGUCAACUAUUUCGCCACCUAUCUAUCUUCCAUUUGCUAAGACAAAAGACCUGGAAAUAUAUGUACCGACUCGAUCGGUUUAGGACAUGCCUCACCUUAACCAGUAGCUAUCAAGCUAGCUGCUCCACCGUACCUUUGGUAGACCAAAUCCUUCUCACCUAACUCUAAACUACCUAGGUACCUCAGCAAUGCAUACAAUUGGCUAAAAGCCCGUCAUCCAGCCGCAUGUACUUUACGGGUGGAGUGUUUUACGUGCGUUAGUUACAGGGUUGGAUUACAUAACAAGCUUUUUUGCCACAGAUCUUCCGUUUAUCAGCCGAA